UACGAGGGUACAGUCGUGCCGCGGCCUCCAUAGAGGGAGGUUUAUGCAACCCGUGUUGCUGCUAGCGCUCCAUUUCUAUCGCGAGACGCGUGUUCAGUCGCCUUUCAAACGAGACCAUGUUGUGACCUUCGUUCAAUCAUCCUUCCUUUAACGAUCGAACGCCACGGGAUUAAAAGAAAUACCUGAUAUUUAUCGAACAAGUAAAAUCGCGAGAGGAUCGUGGGUCGCGCAACAGAUGUGACGCCGCGAGACACGUUCUUUAUAUUUAGUUGCCCACGAUUUCCUCGGUUGUUCCUUCGUAAAGUACACACACACACGCACGCAGUAUAUGUAUACGUGUACACGUUCGUUGGUUCAACGAUCGACCGCGACUGUGUACUCCGACAGUGACGUAAUAUGGCGCGAACGAAAGUGUACCAGGGACAUCAGUGACAUAGAGUUUUACCUCGAUAGGAAUUGUUGAAUGUUUAAACGUUUGCCCCAUAGAUAAGAGCCUUGAACAACUAUCCACGGUGUCUCGUUCCUAUUUGCGUCCCUCCGCGGAGGUAUUCUUUGUUCCCCCCAGUGACUCGUAGUGGCUCGUGUGCAAAAGCAAGUGCAGCAAAGAAGGAAAAGCAACGUGGAUCGUAUUUACCGACAUAUCCGGCCCUUCUUAAUCGACCCUUCGUCGAGGCUCUCUCUACCUGCGGAACUUAAGGACAUCAGGUAGUGACGCGUCGAGCGUGGAGCAGGGAAGAGAAGCGCAGGAAGAAUUCCUUUGUCCUCGAAGGUUCAGCCUGAAAGAAGGCGGACGCGGAGAACGGAGCAGCGAAGAGAAGGGAUAGAAGGAAGCAGCACAGCACGCGGUCGAGUUUCUACCUCGUCCAGCCGUGUUAUACCUGGCCGAGUGUAAGAUCGAGAUAAAGAGAGACGAGAAGGUAGCCGCGAAGAAGACGGACGAAGAAAACGAGCCUCGUGGCAUCGGUGAACGUCCGUCAGCGAGUUGCCAACGCCAUAGGGCAAGAACCAAGCCGUGAAUACAGCGUGCCGUGUCGUUAACGAAGGCCAGAUCGGGCCACGUUUCACACGCUGGAUUCAGCUACAACUUCAAACGAUCCGCGGAAGAAAUUUUCAAACCGUUCCCAUCCACGUGCGCGUUAUGCUCGUUGAUUAGCAACGGCUGUCCAAUUCGCGUCCAGUUAUUGCCCGAGUGUUUCGUAUUUCGUGAUUGAGGAUGCCACGAGCAAGAUUACCGGAUGCCAUGUUGCUGCUGGUCAGAGCAGCUGUUCUCGCAGCUGUCUUGGGACAGUUCCUGGGACCCAGCCAUGCAAGCAGACCCGCCGGUGCUCAUCCUGGCCACGCGUACUUCGAGCAACCUUGCUGCGGACGAUCCCACCUCAGGCAUCACAAAGAACACGUGAGGGAAUUCAGCUGCGGAAUGCUGUACUACAGAACGCUCUAUCUGGACAGCAAGAGAGAUGCUCUAUACGUUGGUGCCAUGGACAAGGUGUUCAGGUUGAAUCUCAGCAACAUCAGUCACUCAAACUGCGAGAGAGACGCGCUCAACUUGGAGCCUAGCAACGUGGCCAAUUGUGUGUCCAAAGGGAAAUCAGAGCACUUCGAUUGUCGGAAUCACAUAAGGGUGAUCCAGCCGAUGGGGGAUGGCAAUCGACUCUACAUGUGCGGCACGAACGCUCACUCGCCCAAGGAUUGGGUGAUUUAUAGCAAUUUGACCCACUUACCCCGUCACGAGUUCGUCCCCGGCGUUGGAAUGGGCAUAGCAAAGUGCCCUUACGAUCCAGCGGACAAUUCGACAGCGGUCUGGGUGGAAAAGGGCAAUCCUGGGGACCUGCCAGCUCUCUAUUCCGGCACCAAUGCCGAAUUCACGAAAGCCGAUACCGUAAUCUUUCGUACGGACCUCUACAAUUUAACCACCGGUCGCAAGGCCUUCAGCUUUAAGAGGACGUUGAAGUACGACUCGAAAUGGCUGGACAAACCAAAUUUCGUGGGAUCUUACGAUAUCGGGAGUCACGUGUUCUUUUUCUUCCGCGAGACAGCAGUGGAAUACAUAAAUUGCGGCAAAAGUGUGUAUUCCCGUGUGGCGAGAGUUUGCAAACGGGAUACCGGUGGCAAGAACAUUCUGUCGCAGAAUUGGUCGACUUACCUGAAGGCCAGGUUGAAUUGUUCGAUCCCUGGUGAAUUUCCGUUCUAUUUCAACGAAAUACAGAGUAUUUACAAAGUACCCGGCGACGAUACUCACUUCUAUGGCACCUUCACCACUUCGACGAACGGUCUGAUGGGUUCAGCGAUCUGUUCGUUCCAUAUCGACGCGAUUCAAGAGGCGUUCCGUGGAAAAUUCAAAGAGCAGGCGACGAGUAGUAGCGCCUGGCUCCCUGUGUUAUCCAACAAAGUUCCUGACCCGCGACCCGGACAAUGCGUGAACGACACUGAAACCUUCCCAGACACUGUGUUGAACUUUAUCCGAUCUCAUCCUCUGAUGGACUCAGCGAUCUCGCACGAGAACGAGAAACCAGUGUUUUACAAACGGGACGUGAUGCUCACGCGAUUGGUCGUGGACAAACUGCGAAUCGAUUUUGUGGGCGCCGAUCUGGAUUACACCGUCUACUAUGCUGGAUCCAGUGACGGACGGGUACACAAAGUUGUUCAGUGGAUAGACAACAAUGGGGAGUCACACUCUAUUCUGUUGGACGUUUUUGACGUGACCCCAGGCGAGCCGAUUCAGGCGAUGGAGAUCUCGAAGGAGCACAAGGCUCUUUACGUCGCGUCUGAUCAUCGAAUAAAACAAAUCGACCUGGUGAUGUGCACCCGCAGAUACGAUAACUGUCUACGUUGCGUUCAUGAUCCUUACUGCGGCUGGGAUAAAGACACCAACACCUGCAAACCUUACGAACCCGGCCUUCUUCAAGACGUAUCGAAUAACACGGCUGACGUUUGCGACAGCAGUGUAGGUAAGAGGAAGCUAGUAGUCACCUGGGGCCAGUCGGUGCAUUUGGGUUGCUUCGUGAAGAUGCCGGAAGUACUGGCAAAUCAGGAAGUCAGAUGGUACCACUACAGUAAGGAGAAAGGCAGGUAUCAGAUAGCUUACAAGUACGGAGCCGGAGGGGACAAAUUCAUCGAGACGUCCGAGAAGGGCCUGGUGAUCGUGGGUGUGAACGAACAAGAUGCCGGUAGAUACGAUUGUUGGCUCGGUGGUUCUCUCCUUUGCUCGUACAACAUCACCGUGGACGCGCACAGAUGUUCCGCACCCGCCAAAUCCAACGAUUACCAGAAGAUCUACUCGGAUUGGUGCCACGAAUUCGAGAAAUACAAGUCUGCCAUGAAGAGCUGGGAAAGAAAACAAGCGCAAUGCGCCUCGAGGCAGAACGACAGCAAUCAAAAUCUGCACGCGAACGAGGUGUACGGUACUCCUCUGGUCUGAUGGAGUCGUUCGUUGGAGCCGUCGUCGAGCCGAGACCCCGACACGAUGCCACAUGCGAGCGUCCUGCCGAAGAAUCGCGGUCCAUCCACGAUCAGUUGGACGAGCCUCACUCUCCUUCUGACCGGUUACACCACUGCCUUUGUCCUUCUUGCUGCCGGCGAGUUCUCGCUCGAUUGAGAUCCACGUCCGUACCAAGAACCGGCAAACCGAACGUCCAAAAACGCGAUCGGUCGUUCGGUCGACUCGAUCGUUCGAACCAGCUUCGUCCUGAUUGGUCUGAUCUUCGCCUGGAACGGUGCUCUUUCAAGGCAGUAUCGGAGAUCGAAAAGACGAUCCGAUCAGUGGAACGGGAGCGUCGCGAUGCGCGGUAUUCGUCGCACACGAUCGCCAUCAAACGACUGCCAUUAUUAUCAUUCGCAUAUAUUCAACUUGCCGGAGCGCGAGGAUUAAUUAAACCUAGUGUCCGUUUUCAUUUGUCGACUCUCACGAACACUGUCCACCCUUGUAAAUACAAGCACACGACGCUGUCAGAGGAUGCCGAGCGGAGAAUGAGGAGGAUCGAUGGCGAUUGGCAGCGACGGCGGGCAUUUGCCAUGUGGGAAAAGUGCGCUUAAACGCGACAGGAAGGGCAAAACUGUGCGGACGGUCGGCGAUACGGUUCCUAUCCUUUCGUUUCUCGUAGCUGGGAGCAAGGAUCCAGACCCCAGACCGUUCUUCGGCAGAAUGAAACGACGACGAGCGUGUGCUGCUCGUCGAUGAUCGAAACGCGGCUCGAAUCGAGGCGUCCGUCCGCGAAGCAACCCGUUAGAAACCGGAAAUCAAUCCUCCUGUUUCCUUAGAUCUGUGAUACGAACGAGACGAAGCGAUCCAUCGAGUGGCGAGGUUGCACGGUAACGCGAUAACGGAGACGAGACGAAAGAGAAGAUUAGGUAUUGUGUACGGACGAGCAUCAGCGUAGUUUUAACGAGCCAGAAUACGAGUCACGCCUGGAACACUGUGCUCGUCUCUAUGUGUAUAUCGAUUAUCGCUGUCGAAGAGAUAGAGAGGAGAGGAGAAUGAUAGAAAGGAGAGAAUGAAACACGCCACGUCGACGCGUUUUCGAACGUCACGCAGGUUACACAUGAGAUUAUUUCACGGCUAUUUAGAAUCGCAAACUUUAGAUUCUUAACUGUUUUUUUUUCUAUCAUCAAUCAUCGAUUUCGCGAUGUGCACCGUUGCUUGUCUUCGAUUCCCAUGAAUAAUUCGCGUUCAACCGUCUACCCACUGCAUUUAUCUUUCUUUUUGUUCUUCUGUUUCUUAGACCAUCGAUCGAUGCUUCUAUUCCUUGUCUCGUAGGUUAACGUGUCGAGACUCUUUUACAGCAAUUCGUUUGCAAUCGAACGUCUUUAAACCGAGUCGCAAUUUGGAGUUUUCACGAUCUUUGAAAUCAAUGCUAUGAUUAAGAUUUCUUAGAUUAAUAUUUUUAGAAAUGAAGAUUUCACCAAAGCAACUAUAUGGAGAAUGGAAACUUUUACAUACCCUUAAUGAUAGUUAGAUUUCUAAAAUGAAAUCGAUACACGAAAAAUUCGGAUUUCAAUUUUAUUUUUCAUUUACAUUUGGAAUUCGAUACACGGUUCGGUUUAAAGGUGUUUUCAUGUGUUUGGCUGUGAUGGAGCUCGUGUUUACGGACAUCCUAGACAUCCCACGAUACCGCCGUUAUCAUUAUCAACGUCGAGAAUUUUGAAGGUGCUACACAGGUGUGUGCUAAAAAUCGGUAAGGCCUGUCAAUUGUAAAACCUACUUUACUCUCAGAUUAAACUUAGACAGAAUUCAGUUAAGACAUACCUACGUACGCAAGUAUGUACCAUACGAAUCCAUCCUCGCCAGAUGCACAUUCGGGCGGGAAACCCUUUCAUAUAUACCUCGGAGCCUAGAUUAGAUUAACUCCUGGUUUGCUCAUGAAUUUUCGCCAGAUCGGAUCGGGUCUCGAUCCAGCGAAAUCGUGGAGCAAACUAACAUGAAUCGCGGAUCAAUCGGACAGACGAUCGAUUAGAGACAAUUUCAAUAUCGACGAGCAUCGUCAAGAAUUUAUAGUCGUGACACGGAUAUAGAGGGUCAUUUAAAAAAAAAGGGUUUAAAACUUAGGAUUUGUAGUAUUUACUAAUAGGGUAGUGAAUAAUUUAAUUUUUAUAUUUUACAAUUUUAACGAUAUUAAUGAUAAUAUUUUUAAUCAAUCAUUUUAUUUCUAUUACAUUUACUAUUUUACAAAAAGAAUGAUUUACGAUAUUGACCUUAGAAUUUAUAUUAAUUAAAUUUGCUUAUAUUAACUUAUAAACUUAAUUAUAUUAAUUAAAGUUGAAAUUAAACUUUCAUCCCUUUCUGUAAGUACUUCAAUCCACGAAGUCUUCGACCCUUUUUUCAAACACCCUGUACAAUUCUGAGCAGCGUAUAGCUCGACAAAACAAAUAUCGUCUAACAUACACGUUUUUCUUCGAUCAAGAAUGUUAUUGUCUUGUUCAGACGUUUACUCUAAGUUUCACCGUAACGCGACUAGUGUCGGCGUUCCCUGUGUUUCGUUUCACUUCCGGUUCGGGAACGUCUGCGUGUACAUAGGAUGGUCAUAGUGCAUGGUAUUUUUAUAAAAAAUUCUCUCUUCGGAAUGACGCAACCAUAGAUGCGAGGAAUAUAAUGUUCCUUGCUCUCCGUGACUGCUUUUCUUUCUCAUCUUUCUUUUAGUCUUUUAUAAUCUAUCGUAUACGCAUAGAAUUAGUUUUAUUUUUACUCGUAACGUAGAAGAUCGGUGAUCACGAUUGCUUCUACCAACGGAAAUGGAUGCUUACCGGUGCUGUAUUAAACAAUCCGUGGAACGGUCGCUGUUUCCUGAAGACCCAGUUCUCGUCGUCGUUGAUAUUAUAAAUACCAGUAUAGAAUAUUAAACCCUAGAAUCGUUAGAGGGAUCGCGAUACAUUUCAAACAGAUUGAUCUUAAGUUUAUUCUUCGAUGGCGGGGAACGACGAUCAGAACGAACAGGCGACGAUAUGAUAUGAAAAGAAGAAGUUUAAUAAAAACGCCGUGUCGGUGAUAGUUUUGCUCUUGCCCCUUAGUUUUGUACAUAAACGAAUGUUCGUAUUGUUGAGACGUUCGCGACGCGACCGUUCGUGGCCCGUGAGAUUAUUUUCCUCUGUCGCGAAUAGGAUCGCGCGAUAUAAACAGCAAAACCGGAUGUCCGGAAGUCGCUCUCUCCCGGGCCGAUCGAGGUAGACUCGAGGCGCGCGAACUAUUAGUUAUUCUUGUACAGAGAUUCGGAACGCCGCGCUCGACGAUUUUCUGUUCUGUAUCUAUCGCGUCGCCGGCAUAUAAAAAGAAAAAAAUAAUACAUAAUACAGUCGAUUAGUAAGAGAUUAAUCGUACGAAUGUGAGAUAGUAAUUAAGAACGAGUGGACGAAAUGAAAAUAAAAGGAAGACGGGGAUUCGCAUCGUUUCUUAAUUUUCUGUUUUGUAUAAACAUGAAUUAUUAAUUACAGUCUAUAACCACGUAAGUAAUCUCUUCCCAAUAAUAAUAUUUAUUUGCGUAUAUCAGAUUUCUACAUCACUUUAUUAAAAAUAUAUAGUAUCGUGUAUCGUUUUCAUUUUAUUAUUUAAUUGAUUCAUUUCUAUACGAAACAGUUAAUUAACAAAAUGAUGCGGUGUUCGAAUAUUAAUGUAACUGUACGUGUAAAUGAAAGCAGAAAGCGAGACCAUAGGUGUGUAAGAUUAAUUACAGUAAUCGGUAACUUAAUCCUCAAGUAUGUACUUAUUAUGAGCUUCAAAACAAGUAUUGAAUAGUAUUAUGUCGUAAGGUUAAGGAUUUAAUUUUUGAGUAAUAAGGACAUGGGGGGGGGGGGGGGGGGCAUACCGGGAUUACCUUAGAAUAUACGCAUUCCGUUCAAGCGGAUCGACGUGAAUCGUAAUUAAAAUAUCACCAUCGAAUUCGUCGAAGAAUUUUUCUUCUUCGAGUCGUCGGGUUAAAUUUGUCGAUGAUCUAUAUUAAAAUAUGUCUAUAAAUAUGUAAAAUAAGAUACAGCUCAUUAAUUUUAAUAAUCCUUAUAAAGGUAAAUAUCCAAUGAGAGAUAAUAUGAAUUAUAAUUAUUUUUUUUUUUAAUAACAGAUACAAUAUUUCAUGUAGAUCAUUAUAACUAAAUCUAAGUUCAUAAAAUUAUCCAGAAUUAUCUAAAAUAAUUAUCCAUUGACCUUUAAGAAAGUUAUUGAAAUCGAUGAAGUGCAUCCUAUUUUGCAUAAUUACCGAUUCAGGUCGAUUCGUUGAACGGAACACGUUCGUGACGAUUGAAAUCACUUCUACCGGUUGUUCAAGCAUAUUCCAAACAAAGUAAUCGUCGUGUGCUUGAACGUAACCGAGCAGAAAGGUUGGAGGAUCGUUGAACGAAGUGAGAAUGAGAGAGACUGAAUACGGAUGGGCGUGUGUCUUGACGGAAAGAUACGUAAAGAAGUAACCUAUAUCUAUAUCGUGUGUCUGAGAAGAAGUUAUUAAAAGGAGAAGAGAAGGAAUAAGAAAAAAAACAAAAAGAUCGAACAAAAUAUAAUAUAAAGAUAAAGGAGGACAAGGUCACAGAUAAAAUAAUGGAUCUUGAGCCCAAGGGUCCCUCGUGUACGCGUCGAUGGUCUGCAACGAACCGACUCAAGAGAAAUCGAUUAAUCGAACGCCAAUUAAUAAAGGUCUUAUGUGACUGUUCGCACCCUCGACGAAUGCACGUACAGGCUCUGUCGAGUACGAGUCGGCGUGAUCACGGAAAGCAAUCUAAGAUGAACCUAACGUUGUUAGAUAUAUUAUUUGUAAGACUAUCGGAGUACUGUAUAUUGCGCUAACACGAUGGUGAUUGCGGAACCGGAAAACGGUGAUUAACCCAUUGACGACAUUAAAUAUUAUUACGUCCUUCGCGACUGACCUCCGAUGGUUAAUUAUAUUAAUAGCCAUAUUAAAACACAGCAAUAUCUGAGCAAGAAAUUUAAUUUUCUAAAUUUUAUCCUAUUUCUUCAAAUAUGGAAAAUUUUCCUUUAGAAAUUUCGAAGCCAUAUUAUAUAUAUACAUAUAUAUUUUCACGUUUCAUAGGUCUGGGUCACAAUUGACCCGACUACGGUGGUUCCAGGGCAGUCAAUUUGUAUCAAAGGACGAUCGUCAGUGAGUUAAGCUGACGAGAUUGGAAUGUAGCGAUCUUGAAUGGUGACACGAGUGUCGUUCGUAAAUCAAUCAAACGGAAGGCAUACACGAAUCUGCGUAUCCGCAUGGAAAUACGACAGUCUAGGAACGGUUGGGGGACCAUCGUGUACGUGUAACUCCGAUCAAUUCGAUUCCGCUUUGACGAUCGUGUUAGACACUGUAGGUUAUAGAUCGAUUUAGCGUAUGAGAAGACAGUUACUCGAGGCAAUGAGAGAACGAGAGAAUGACGAGGAGAAAUAGGAAGAAAGAGAACGCCCUAAAUGAAAAAAAAAAAAACACUUAACUACGAUGACUUAUUA